UUCUGACAUUCAGUUUGGAGUUCAGGAGAUUGUCUUGACCAGGACCACACCCCUAAAUGCAUUGAAGCAACUGCCAUGUGAUUGGUUGAUUAGAUAAUUGCAUUAAUGAGAAAUUGAAAACUGAGCCAGUUUCAUGAUACCCGAAAACCCAAGUUGAGCCCAAGAUAGUUAGCUAACUAACAAUCACAUUUGUGGACAACUUUCUCUUGGGACAGUUUUUUCUUUUGUAAAUGUUAUACAAAUACAAUACAACAGUAAAGUUUAUAGGCUAGUGGCUUGUGUUUUGCUUGUUUUGUGUUUGUAGUUAUUGCACGCAGUACGUAUAACUCUUCCAAACGUAUUCAGGUAUACAUACCUGGGAGUGAGUUACAUUUGUCAUACCUGUGUUUUUCUUUGGAGUAUGUAUGACUGCAGAGUUAUUUUCUCUCCCCCAGACCACAAUAUGUAAAUAAUGAAAGCAUCACAUUUGGAAUCUGUUAUGCUUAUACAUUUCAAAUAAUAUCUGUUCUUGUGCUUGUGCUGUUGGUCAGGCACAGUUUGGUAUUAUGCUGUAAAUGAAGAAGUGGGAGUGCGACUGUAAAGGGAGUCAUUAGACCCACAUUGAAUGCUUUACUUCCACCAUCAGCAAUAGUCUGUGGGUAUGUGUGUGUGUGUGUGUGUGUGUGUGUGUGUGUGUGUGUGUGUCCCUUCAACAAGCAGAACCCAGUGGGGAAGCACAGCAGAAUGAUGGGCCUCCUAAGACCACUUAAAAGCAAACACCCACAUUCACACUGACACACACUUACUUGCACACACAGCGGCCUAAUUAGAGCUGACAGCAGAGUAGAGAGAGCUUAUGAAAAGAGGGCGAGGAAUAGGGGGAAAAAAGGAUGGUGCAAAGACGCCAGAGAAAGCAGAGGUGGAGCAGAGAGAGUGAUUAGAAAGCAAAUGCUUUCUUAAAGUUUUGAAGUGAAGUGUUGGCAGAAUGGGGACCUGCUUCUUCAUUCCCUUCCCUCCUGUAAAAUUGAUUAAGCAGCGUAGCCUUAGGACGUGGCUACCCUGUGAGUGACAAGUUGUCACCACAGCGACCUGUCAGGUCUAGCAAUACAGAUCCCUUUAGGCUAACAGUGGCUACGUCCACUUCUUUUAUACAGUCUAUGGUAGAACAGUAGAAAUACAGCAUGCAUGUUGCCUCCUAAUCCACCAUGAAUGUAUGCUUGCAUGUAUGUGAUUAGUCAAUGCAUCGCCAUGCUGGGUGAUGCUACAUUGUGUUGCAUCAAAAGUUGAUUUAGGUUCAACUUGUUUCUUGGACGGUCCUGGAGCACUCUGUGUUGGCACACCUGCUUUGCUGGCGGACUGUCCAGGAUUACAAGGAUUAACUGUCAGUGACCGAAAUGGUGUCAGUAGUACUGGUAAAAUUAUUUGUUAGCUCUAAGUUCCGUGCAACCAGCAGCACACUACUCUGUAUUUUUCUCUGCCUCCCCCCAGCAUCUGCCCUUUCACAGGCUCCUUUUAGAUAAGACCCGCCCUUUGGAUGUCUGACAACUUAUCAAAAUCACAUGACAACCAGUACAGUGACAACUGCAUGAAUGACUUGCAAAAGAACAUUGUAAUGGAUCUACUGUUGCACCUUCAACCAACACCUAUGAAAUGUUGUUUGUACGUGGUUAAUUUGGUUAAGUACUUCAGUCAUUUUAUGCGCAUCAUCACUUAGCAAAUAGUUAGUAUUUUGGGAUAAUGGGAACAACUUUUUUGAGUACAAGACUACUUAUUCUGCAUCAUGCAUCAUAUAAACUUAAUUCAGGGGUCACUUUUUUGUGAAAUGUCAAAGCCAGUAUGGGUUUAUAGGGCAAUGUCAUAUUGCUGUUACUUAUUGUUCUGUUAGUAUAGCAGUGCCUUUAUUUCCCUGUUUCUAUGUCAGAUGACUACAUGGAUGUGCUAGUGUAGAUACCACAUACAGAAAUUACUUAGAGCAUACACCAAACUUACCCAUCUGAACUACAAUAACCUUUACCAAAAUGCAACUGAGUUCAAGCUUCUGGUGAAUUAUUAACAAAGGAGAACUGCCAACGUUCUGGCAGUAAAGUAUGAUUGUUUCUGUCCAUAUAAGGCAAUGGAACCCUGAAUAGGUUUUACAAGAACACAGACACAAACAGCCUGAAUGGACUUGGAGGCUACUAAACUAAAAUGAGAAAAAAGAGGGUAUGGAAUUGGAUUUUGAUAAAGACAAACAUGCUUUUGUACCGCUUAACAGAAAAAAAACUGUUUCUGUGCAGCAACGGGAAAUGCAGUAGCAAAGCAAAGUGAGUUGGUUAUUUUAGCUGUACACCUCGUAUAACUGCAUAGAAAUCAUUUUUUUCUUGGCAGCAGCAACACACCUACUACCGCCACACACAAAACUGGGUCCGCCCACCAAAUGCUUCCUGUAUAUGAUAAAAUCAGUCUAUAAUUUGACACACUAACAGGCAUUGAAAAUGAAAGACACUCUCAUUUCUUGCAGCUGCUUAACACAGGACCACAGACACAAAGACUGAGCUGAUACCAAUGACAUAAUCAUGGGGAGCCAAUGCUCUGCACUCUGGAGGGGUAAAAUAGAGGAAAAGGAACCUGACCAAAAGAUAGACGAGGUGUCCACCACAGGGAAAAGUCGAGAAAAGUCUCCUCUCCUCCAAAGAAAGCUAUCUCUGCAGGAGGAGGGGGGAAACGUAGAGGAGACACCAGUGGAUGAGAUUUUAAGGAGUGUGUGCCUCUCUGAACAACAUGAUUCUGCUUCAGCCAUCACAGAGAAGAAAGACGCUGACUGGGUGGACAACAACAGGGCUAAGCUCAUUCAGAGCGUUACUUCAGUGAUGCCAAUAGCAGAUGAGAUGGUUGAGCAGAAAAUAAUCCAUAAUGAGAUGUACGCCAACAUUAUGGCUGCCAGCACCAGCCAGGAAAAGAUGAGGGCGCUCUAUACAGCCCUCACAUCUACCAAAGCCAAAUGUGCCUUCUACAGAAUCCUCCAGGACAUUCAGCCAGAGAUAAGUGAAACAGAAGAUGUUGUCAAAGAAGUCCGCGCAAAGCACAAAAAACAUCUGAUGGACAGGUUUAAAUAUGAGUUUGAAGGCACUGACAAAGAUCAUAAGGAUUUGAAAUCAUUGGACAAAAUUUACACAGAGCUUCACAUUAUCCAGGGGGAAAGUGAACGUGUCAAUAAAGAGCAUGAGAUCUGGGAGAUUGAAGACAGGACGAGGAGUGAAACAGCUGAGGGCGCCAAAAUCAACUGCAAUGACAUCUUCAAAAGUACCCCAGAAAAUAGCAUGUCAUCUGGGCAAGACAGAAGAGAAGUGAGAGCUAUAAGGACUGUGAUGACAAAGGGAAUCGCUGGCAUUGGAAAAACUGUCUCUGUGAAGAAGUUCAUCCUUGACUGGGCAUAUGAUAGAGCCAAUCAGGACUUGGACUUCAUCUUUGUGCUGCCAUUCAGGGAGCUAAAUCUGGUUAUAGGUGAUCAGUUAAGCCUUGAGACACUUGUAAAAAAAUUCCACCCGGAACUUAAAAACAUAGCAGUUGCAAGAAUAUUUGAUAACUGCAAAGUUUUGUUCAUUUUUGAUGGUCUUGAUGAAAGCCAACUUCAACUGGAUUUCAAAUGCACAUUGCUGACAGAUGCGACUGAGAAAUCAUCAGUGGACAUUAUUGUGACCAACCUCAUCCGGAAACAUCUUCUUCGCUCCCCUUUUGUCUGGAUAACCUCAAGACCAGGAGCAGUUCACCGCAUCCCUCGCAACCUUAUAUACCAGUGGACUGAGGUCAGAGGAUUUAAUGAUGAACAAAAAAUACAGUACUUCAGGAAGAGAGUUGAGAAUGAGGCAGUUGCUGACAGAAUUAUUCACAACAUUAAGAUGUCCCGGAGCUUAUACAUUAUGUGUCACAUACCUAUCUUCUGUUGGAUGGCGGCAAAGGUUCUUGCACAUUUGCUGCAAAAAAAGGACAAAACUCAAGAUGAAAACAUAAUGAUACCCACAACUCUUACUGAGAUGUACACACACUUCUUGUGCAUUCAAAUGCAGGUAGCGACUGAAAAGUAUGAGAAACUGAAUGGAUCAGAUACAGAGGAGAUCUUCAAGUCAAAUGAAGAAUUCAUUUUUAAAUUAGGCAGGAUGGCAUUUGAACAACUGAAAGAAAGCAACAUCAUAUUUACUGCCAAUGAUCUAAAAAACUAUGGUAUUGACUUGCGCCAAGCUGGAGUUUACUGUGGGUUGUGCACAGAGAUAUUCAAAGAAGAGAGUGCGUUGUACACAAAGAAACUCUACUGCUUUGUGCAUUUGACAGUCCAGGAGUAUUUUGCUGCUCUCUUUGUGUACCGCAGUUUUGCAAGUAAAAAAAUAGAUUCUCUGAGCCUCAAGGACUUCCUGCUAAAGGGGUCUGAGGAAGAACUCAAGUCUAAAUUGGAUGCAGAUCCAGUUGAUUUACCUUUGGAUGAGCUGAUUGAAAUUUCAAUAGCUAAUUCAACUCUGAGAAAGACAGGAGAACUGGACAUGUUCCUCAGGUUCCUUACUGGCAUGUCUCUACAAUCAACACAAGAACUGCUUCAAGGCCUGAUUCAGCAGACAGAGGAACACUCUGCAGUUGUUAAGGAAAUUAGGAUUAGUCUAAUAGAAAUUGAUUUAGGGGACUGUUCACCUGAAAGAUGUCUGAACCUUGUUCACUGCCUGAUUGAGCUGAAAGACAGUUCCCUACAUGAUACUGUGCAGCAGUAUCUGAAACAAAAUCACAGCCCAGAAAAACAGCUCACCCCUGUUCAGUGCUCAGCUCUGGCCGACUCCAUUCUAAUGUCAAAUACGCCUCUAGAUGAAUUCAACCUGAAGAAAUACAGACCGUCAGCAAAAGGUGUAUUUAGGCUUGUCCCAGCUGUGAGGAACAGCAGAAAAGCAACAAUCUCAGGGGUGUCUCUCGAUGUGUGGCUUUGUGAAACAAUCUCCUCAGCUCUUCGAAUGCCAAACUCAGUGCUCACUGAACUGCACCUGAUAAAUAAUAUUUUUUAUGACAAAGGUACAAAGAUCUUGACGGAUGGACUGAACUCUCAGUGUAAACUAGAAGCUCUGAGUCUCUCAGGUAAGGGACCCUCACAACCAGAGUGUGAAAGAUUGGCAUCAGCUAUCAUAUCAGUCAUCUCAAAUCUAAGAGAACUGGAGCUGAGUGGCAACAUACUGGAAGACUCCAUAUGCUCUGUGGUUUCUGCUGGGCUUGGCAGCCCUAAACUGGAGAAGCUCAGACUUAACCGAAAUCCUGGGACUGCAGAAAUAUGUAAGGAGUUGGUGACAGCCCUCACAUCCAAACCAAGUUACCUGCGAGAGUUGCAACUGAGUUACACCAAUUUGAAAGACUCCGAAAUGGAGAUCCUCUGUACAGGGCUGAUGAGCACAAACUGUACACUGGAAAUAUUGAGUGUCAGUCACAACAGACUCACGGACAAAAGUUGUAAGAUGGUGUCCUCAGCACUUGGCUCCAAACCUUCACCCCUGACUGUGCUGGACCUGAGCUACAAUGUCUUGCAUGACUCAGGAGUGAGGGCGCUCUGUGAUGCACUGAUGAAUCCACACUGUGGUUUAAAAACAUUAAGGCUGUCCUUCUGUAAAGUGACAGGAGAAGGAUGUGCUGCCCUGGCCUCGGCUCUGAGGUCUGACCACUGCAGCCUCUGGGAGCUGGACCUGAGCUUUAAUCACCUGGGUGAUCAAGGAGUCAAGCUUCUGACUGAAAUACAGAAGGAUUCACGCUACAGUCUGGAGAAACUUAAUGUGGACCAAAAUGAUGAAUGCUGGUUUGACUUGAAGCUUCUGAGACAAUAUGCCUGUGAUCUGACGCUGGACCCCAACACAGCAGAUGUGGAACUAAUUUUGACAGAUGACAACAAAAGGGCAACAUUUGUUCAUGAGAAGCAACCAUAUCCUUAUAAUCCAGACAGAUUUGACUGCUUUCAAGUACUGUGUAAAGAAAGUCUGACCAGUCGCCAUUACUGGGAGGUUGAAAUUGAAUCAGUUGAUGUUGGAGUGGCAUAUAAAAGUAUCAACAGGGUGGGAGACUGUUCAUCUGAAUUUUCUCUGGGAAAAAAUGAAAAGUCUUGGUGCUGGUUUCAUGAGGGGCACUUUUAUCAUAACAAUUCUUGUCUGGAGUUAAUUGACUGUGCUACAUCCAGUAGUACGCUUGGAGUGUAUCUGGACUGGCCAGCAGGUAUUUUGUCCUUUUUUCGGGUCUUUCCUGAUACACUGAGCCACCUGUACACCGUCUGUACAACUUUUACUGAGCCCCUCCAUCCUGGUUUCGCUGUGGAUUUUGGAUCAGUUUACCUUUGUAAAAUAAAGUAACCAAAAAUCUAAAACCAAAAGAGCUGAUCCCUGCUGGUUACAUGCAAAAACUGUGCAUGUCAAAUAGUAAUAAUAAUUAUGAAAAAAUAGUACAGUGGCACAUUUAGGCAAAUAUGAAAUCAAUUCUUAUCUCCUAAAAUCUAAUAUUUUUAAUUGCACCUUUGAUAUCUGGUUGAAUCCCUGUGGAUAUAUGCACAGGCAAACCUAUAAGUACAGUAUGUGAGUGUGUGUGUGUUUUAAGGUAAAAAGCACACACUGAUGAAUGUACAAUGAAGUCACGUGUGUUUGUGUGUGGGGUGUGUGUGUGUGCGCGCGUGUAUGUUCUUGGAUUGAUUUAGAAUAAAUACCUUGUAAGCAUUACACUUAGUUCUGAAGGCUGCUAUGUUCACAAAGGCAUCUCUGUGUGAGUAUGUAUGUAUGACUUUCUAUUCUGAAAAAUGAAAGUGAAAUAUUUUGUCUAAUUUGAAGCCUAAUAAAAACAGUUUAACAUUA